AUGUGGUUCCGACUGACUAAGAAUUCGGCUGAGAAAGCGGCCAAGGAGCAGCUCAAAGCAGAAGCUAAAGCUGCGAAAGCACAGGCUAAGGUACAGGCGAGGCUUCAACAAGACUUUGCAACGGCUCAGGCCAGCGCCUUUCAUGAAACGAACAAGGCGCAGAGCAAGGCGUUUAAGCAGGCUUUGAAGUCUCAUGCGAAGAAUCGGAAGGAAGCUGUGAAGGCACAGGCGAAAGCUGAGAAGCACGCGAAGAAGGCGCAAGCCCAAGCCGAGAAGGCCGCCUUGCGGAGUCUGAAGGGCCAGUCGCAACCAUCAUUGGCUGCGGCACUGGACAUGAAGACUCCGGAACAGUACGCGGCGCGACUGAAACUGCCCGCUCCGAACACGAGAAUCACGGGCAUUUCGGUCAACGCCAAAACGGGUGGGAGCGUCGCCCCUGGCUCGUUCAACAUCAACUUGGACGGUCUCCCAACCGCUCACCAACGGGUUGUGAUCCAGAGACCUGUGCAGGUGGAAACCGUGGUCGUCGACCAGCCCAUCGUGGACACCCAUGCAAAAAUGGAAAAAGCCAAAAUCAUCCAACUGCCUCCUGCCGAGCCGAAAGUGCUUGUGCAGCCAGUGAUACAACCCGUCGUACAACCUGUCGAACAACAGGUCGCACAACCGGUCGUGGCACUCGCAAAACCAGUCGCAGCGGUGCCAGUCGCAGCGGCGCCAGUCGCACUUCACGCACAACAACAAUCAAAGCAAAUCGCUGUCUCCGCAGCGCCCCACCGAAAACUCGCGAAACAACCGGUCUCAGUCCAGGCAGCACCUGCCGCCGCCGUGAACGCCAUUCCGGUCGUGCAGGCCGCCCCGGUUGUGCCUGCCGCCCCGGUCGUGACCCUGGAACAGGGCUCGAUAGAACAGCCGCAAAUGAAGCAGGGUCAGGCCCUCGCGCCCAAGGUGCUCGAGACGCCGGGUGCCAUCCCGUGCCCGCCCUCAGACGAUGAGCGGGAGCCCAGCAAAACGGCGCUCCAGGUGCGAGCGAGAGCCAACCCGAUCAAAAUGGACCCAAUCACGCCUUCCGGUGCGCCCGCUCGUGGCCAUUUCCAGUCGCCCAUGGAAUCGAACUUGCGCAUGGCGGCACGUGAGUCUCUUCAGAGCCCCAACUUGGCGUCGUCCGUAAAGCCCAGCCCCCGCAGCAUGGCUAGCCCGAGCCCCAGCAGCAUGGCUAGCCCCAGCCCCAGCAGCGCCGCCAGCUCCAGCAGAGCCGCGAGCCCAAUGCCCGUCUACCAGGUCAUCACCCCGGGACAGAGCAAGACGCCUUUGAGGAACUUGGCGAGCCCCAGCAGCGCCAGCGCUACCAGCGUCAGCGCUACCAGCGUCAGCGCUACGAGUGUGAGCCCUACCAGCGCCUCGCCUAGCAGCGUCAGCGCCUCGCCCAGCAGCGUCAGUGCUUCGCCAAGCAGCGUCAGUGCUUCGCCAAGCAGCGUCAGCGCCAGUCCGGGCGUGCCCAGCGCCCGGAAGCCCGACGUGGCUCAACUCGCCCGUCCCAGCGCACACUUGACCGCGCCUAGCCGUCGAGGAGCCCGACAGAGCGGCGCCCGAGCGAACAACAUGAACUUUCCGAGCCCGAGCAGCCUAGCCUCAUCGAAAACUGAAGACAACCUUCCCUUCAGUCCUGGCGCUAUCUACAAGAUGGCCGGCGCGAGUUACGCUAGUCCCACCGCCAGUCCGAGCUACUUGGGCAAUCCGGCAGCAAGUCCCCGCAGUCCCAGUCCCAGCAGCGUGAGUGCGUGUCCGGCCAGUCCCAGUAGCGUGGCUAGUGGCUUCACCAGCCCCGGGAUUGCCAGCGGCAGCAACCUAGCUCGCCCAGCUGCCAGCCCCGGCACCUCCGCUGCUUACAAGAUUGCCGGACCCAGCUACGCCAGCCCCAGGGACUUGGCCACCCCGGGGAACAUGGCCAGUCCCAAUUUGGCCAGUCCCAAUUUGGCCAGUCCCAAUUUGGCCAGCCCCAGUCCGAGCGCAGCGAGUCCCAGCAGCGUGGCCAGCAGCUGGAACCCCAGUCCGGCUUCGCCCAGCAAGCCCAGCCCCCGUAGCCUCGCCCGGCCGGCGAAGGUGCCGCCGACUCCGGUGACCAUCACGCCUUUCUCGCCGUCGGACAACAUCUACGUGGGCCCCGGUAAGAGGACCCCGCAGGCGCAGGAGAGCAAGAACGCUCCUGUCGUACAGGCGAAACCGGACGAAGAACUUGGCGCACAAGAUUUAGCUCCCUCACCCAGCGAGGCCCCCUCACCCGGCGAAGCUCCCACGCCCAGCGAAGCUCCCACUCCCACCGACGCCCCCACUCCCGGCAAGGCUGAUGACCAAAAGUCCGACAUCCCCGAGGGCUUCGCAGCAAGCCGCGAGGAGACGGAAAAAUACAACAUCAUCGACGUGGAGGACGUCCCGCAAGCUACUGCCCCCCGUAGAAGUCAGGAACCUGACAUGGCCACCGUACUUCAAGGCUACAAGGCGGCCUACCGCGACCUGCAGAAACGCCGUGAGCAACUGCGCCUGACCGAAGAACGUUUGGCAUUGGCCGAAUCUACCGCCGCCAUCGAACAGGAAAGACUGGAGGCCUUCGAACAGUACGUCAAAGAUGUCGAGAAGAACGCUGCCCCAGUGCAGAAGUUCCUUUCCAUCUUCGGCUGUGCGUCCAAACCCAACGCCAAGUAA